AUGACUGUGCGGACAAAUACGGCCCAGCGCCUUUCUCAACAACUUCGUUUGCUUUCUUCCCAACCAUCAUCUGAGAUGACUUCUCAAUACAGUCCUCGUCUCAUUGGCGCACCUAACACGCUUGAACAUCGUGUGUUUGUCGAGCAAAAUGGCUCUGUCGUCUCGUCCUUCCACGAUAUCCCUCUCUUUGCUGAUCAGAACAACGGCAUCUUCAACAUGAUUGUCGAAGUCCCUCGUUGGACCAACGCCAAGAUGGAAAUCUCCAAGGAGGAGCCCUUCAAUCCCAUCAAGCAGGACGUGAAAAAGAACCGUCUGCGUUUCGUCCGCAACUGUUUCCCUCACCAUGGUUACAUCUGGAACUAUGGUGCUUUCCCUCAGACAUGGGAAGACCCUUCGCAGCAGCAUGCCGAGACUAAAGCCAAAGGCGACAACGAUCCCCUCGAUGUCUGUGAAAUCGGUGAGCAGGUCGGAUAUGUCGGUCAGGUCAAACAGGUCAAAGUCCUUGGAAUCAUGGCUCUAUUGGAUGAGGGCGAAACCGACUGGAAAGUCAUCGUCGUCGAUGUACAAGACCCUCUUGCGUCCAAGCUCAAUGACAUUGAAGAUGUCGAGAGGCAUCUUCCUGGUUUGAUCAGGGCCACGAACGAGUGGUUUAGGAUCUACAAAAUUCCCGAUGGUAAACCUGAAAAUACCUUUGCCUUCUCUGGCGAAGCCAAGAACAAGAAAUAUGCCACCGAAAUCAUCCAUGAAUGCCACGAGGCCUGGCGUCGUCUCAUCACCGGUGAAUCUAACCCCCACGGCAUCUCCAUGUCAGAUAGGUCUUCUUCUUCACAUACAGAUAAAUUCAUUGAUUUCUCCAACAGUGACAACAUCACCAUUUCAAAUUCUCCUGCGUUCGUUAGAAGGGAUGAUUCCAGCUACCUCAGUAUUCCACCAGCCUCCAGUAAACCACCUGCUCCCAUUGAACCCUCGGGCAAGUAA